CUGGUCACCUCAGUGGCCAGACUGGCUCAGGAAAAAGUUUUACUAUGUUUGGUCCCUCUGAGAACUUGGAAAGCUCGUGGUGUGAUUCCCAGAAGUUUGGAGUAUCUCUCUAGUGUAAUAGCUCACCAACAAGAUCAUGGCAGUAAAAAACAGUUUUUGUGUCACUGCUCCUUUUUAGAAAUCUAUCAAGAGCAAAUCUUUGAUCUUUUGGAUACAGCUUCACAAGGUAUUUGCUUACGUGAGAAUAUGAACAAAGGUGUCUUUGUAGAUGGACUCAUUGAGCAAGUUAUCUGCUACCCAAGAGAUGCUUAUCAGUUAAUAAUCAAGGGCUGGUUGAAUGGUAGAGUAGCUCCUACUUCCAUGAACAGAGAGGGUUCGCGCUCUCAUGCUGUUUUUACAGUUAAAAUAGAGUCAAAGAAUCAUGAAUCUCAGCUGACAGCCAAAGAAGAAGAACUGCAAAGAGUGAACAUGACUCUUCAGAAAUUUGAAAAAGACAACAAAGUUUUACAAGCUAAGUUGAAGCACACAGAAGUUUGUGAGCAGAAAGCUCCUGAAGUGCCAAAUUUUCAAGUUAUUAAGAAAAUUGAAUUAGCCUAUAGCCGCAAGAUGGAAGAGUUUGAGAGGUCAAUCUUUGGCAAAGAUAAAAAAGUAGCUGAGUUAUUAUUUGAAGUAGCAAAAUUAAAAGAGGAACUUCACCUUGCCAGGGAAACACAUGCAUCUGUUUUAAAAGACAGGAAUUGCAAUAAAAUGGGUGCUGCUGAGGCGUUUCAAGAAUUUCAGAGUGCUGUGCCUAUGCAAGGAGGUGCUAUUGGUGAGCCUGGAGAGAGAAAGUCAUCUUCAGAAAAAAAUGGCUCGGUUAGAGGAAGAGCUCUAAUAAAAGAAACAAAAAUGCCAGAAAUAAAUGAACAAUCUUGGAGAAGUAAAAAAAGUGAAUGAACUAAUAACAUCCUUUUAAAGAGUCACUGUUUUUGUAAAAGCAGUAU